AUGGCCGACCCCAGCCGAUCACAGAAAGAAAGGCCGGUAGCACAGGACUCGAGGAUCGUAGGUCCAGGUCCAGGUCCAGGUUCAGGUUCAGGAUUUGAGAAGGAAGCAAAGACUUAUCAAAUCAUCACCAUCACGGCCAUUGACACAGUCGACUACCCCAAAUCACCCCUUGUUGAUCAUAAUAAGGAUAUUCGUCUGGGCUCCCGCGCUGGACAUCAGCCUGCAACGCUGGUAAUACGCCAACCAUGCCGUCCCAUUGGCAGCUUCACCGACACAAGCACACAAUUCUUUAGAGGCGCAGCUCUGUGA